UUUAAUGAGAUGAUUGAUGAAUGGUUGUAGUCAUAGGCAUUUUUCGAUGCCUGUGAUUGUAAUUUUUUGCGAACGAAUACCUUUGCAAGCAUGAGAUCACGUGGUUACAGUCAGUUGCUGCAUGGUACUCUACCUAACCUAGUUGUGUUUAAAUAUGGAAGAAAAUUCGGCUAAACUCGCUAAAGAUCUCAAACCCAACAAAGAAGAAAAGGCAAAAAUGAAGAAGGAAAAAGCGAAAGCCGGUUCAGAGGCGGGCGACAAGUCUCCGGCUGCUGAAUUAAAACCUCCUCCUUCUUUUAUAGAAGAAAGGCUAAUUUUGUGGAACAAAUUUAAGGCCCAGUAUGACGCGGAAAUCAACAGCAAACCCGAGGGGUCUAUUAAAAUUACUUUGCCAGAUGGUAAAGUGGUGGAAGGUGUAGCAUGGAAAACCACUAUGUAUGAUGUGGCGAAAGGCAUCAGUCAGGGUUUGGCUGACAAUGCUGUAAUUUCCAAAGUAAAUAGUGUAUUGUGGGACUUGGACAGGCCAUUAGAAACCGAUUGUAAAGUAGAACUGCUAAAGUUUGAUGAUCCAGAAGCGCAAGCUGUUUUUUGGCAUUCAACAGCCCACAUUUUGGGAGAAGCACUAGAGAGAAUCUAUGGUGGCUGUUUAUGUUAUGGUCCACCAAUUGAAAAUGGGUUUUACUAUGAUAUGUGGCUCAAUGAAAGAGGAAUAUCGCAAACGGAUUUUCCACAUGUUGAAAGUCUAAUGAAAAACAUUGCCAAGGAGAAACAGCCAUUUGAACGAUUGGAAAUGAAGAAGGAAGACUUGUUAGAGAUGUUUAAGUACAAUCCGUUCAAAGUGAGAAUCUUGAAUGAAAAGGUCAACACACCCACCACAACUGUUUAUAGAUGUGGCCCGUUAAUCGAUCUUUGUAGGGGGCCCCAUGUGAGGCAUACUGGUAAAAUAAAAGCCUUAAAAGUAACCAAAAAUUCGUCCACUUACUGGGAAGGCAAAGCCGAUGCGGAAACGCUACAGCGCGUUUAUGGUAUCAGCUUUCCUGACAAUAAGCAACUGAAAGAGUGGGAGAAGUUCCAAGAGGAGGCUGCCAAAAGGGAUCACCGAAAAAUCGGAAAGGAGCAAGAGUUAUUCUUUUUCCACGAACUGUCCCCGGGCUCAUGCUUCUUCCAGCCAAGAGGUGCCCACAUUUACAACUCUCUGGUGGAUCUUAUAAGAAAAGAGUACCGGAAACGGGGAUUCCAAGAGGUUGUUACUCCCAACAUUUACAACUCCAAGUUGUGGCAAACCUCGGGGCAUUGGGCCCACUAUGCGGACAAUAUGUUCUCCUUUGACGUGGAAAAGGAUAAAUUCGCGCUGAAACCCAUGAACUGCCCAGGCCAUUGUUUAAUUUUUGACAACCGCAUCCGGUCGUGGCGCGAGCUGCCCCUCCGGCUUGCCGAUUUUGGGGUGUUGCACCGGAACGAGCUGUCUGGCGCGCUGACUGGUCUAACCAGAGUGCGCCGCUUCCAGCAGGACGACGCGCACAUCUUUUGCGCGCCCGAACAGAUCAAGGACGAGAUGAAGGGCGCCCUCGACUUUCUCAAACACAUUUACUCCAUCUUCGGUUUCACGUUCGACCUGGUGCUGAGCACGAGGCCGGACAAGUACCUCGGUGAGGUUGAAAUGUGGAACGAAGCCGAAAAGGCGCUUAGCGAAAGUCUCGACGAUUUCGGGCAGCCGUGGAAGGAGAAUCCGGGCGACGGUGCGUUCUACGGACCCAAAAUCGACAUCACCAUCAAGGACGCGUUGCGCCGAUCGUUUCAGUGCGCCACCAUCCAGCUAGAUUUUCAGCUGCCCAUCCGAUUCAACUUAUCGUUCGUUUCGGAGAGCGGGGAGAAGAGGCGGCCCGUCAUCAUUCACCGGGCCAUUCUAGGCUCAGUCGAACGCAUGAUAGCCAUCUUGACAGAGUCCUACGGCGGAAAGUGGCCGUUCUGGCUGUCGCCGAGGCAAGUGAUGGUCGUGCCGGUAGGCCCCAACUAUGACCAAUAUGCGGAGGAGGUGCGGGUGCAGCUUCACGAUGCCGGCUUUAUGGCCGAGGUGGACACAGACGCGGGAGAUACCCUCAACAAAAAAAUUCGCAACGGCCAAUUAGCGCAGUUUAAUUUUAUUUUGGUGGUUGGCGAAAAGGAACGGUCCAGCGGAACAGUGAACGUGCGCACGCGUGAUAAUGCGGUGCGUGGCGAGAUGUCGGUUGCCGACCUGAUAGCCAAGCUCGGACUGCUGCGCGACAAUUACGAAACAGGCGACGAUAAAUUUUAAACACAUUUAUCUCUACUACGUUUAAGUUAACGUAAUUUAUGGAUCCAUUUUUAUUUUAAAGUUAAUAAAAGACUAUCGAGACGGCAA